AGCCUUCAAUAUUCAGCGAAAAUGGUAUCCGGUCGUCCACUACUCUACUUGUCAUUGCCCGGUGUAGCAUUUAUCCUGGGCGUGUUUUGGUUCCGACGUAGAAAUAAAAAUCGUUUAGACAAGCCCGACGAUGAGGACAACAACGCAAAGGAGUCGUCGGGUGGCGUCGUCUCCCCUCUGGAGGCGCGCACUGCAAACGGCAGCCUACAGAAUGGUAAGCUACCGACGAGCUUUUUGCUGCAGCAGGCAACCAAAUCGAUGAAUAUCAACGGCACAGGUGCCACAGAAAAUGGCAACGGGAGUGGAAGUGGAAGCGGCAGCGACGAGAAGGAUAGCCCCAACACAAUGCUGUAUGGAAAGUCGGCUCCCAUCAAGAUACAGAGCAAUGGACGCACUCCGCCGGGUGUACAUCAGCAACAGCAGCAGCAGCAGAUCGACUCGGAGAUGCUCAAGUCAAAGAUACAGGAUGCCGAGCACAAGAAGCUCUGCUCCAUCGACGAGGACUUUGAGAAUCUAUCGUCGCCGCGCGAUCUGCCCGAUUCGGUGAACACACGCGUUUCCUUCUACAAUCGCAAGGCAAACAGCAAGGUCGUCGAGCCGGUGGUGAUCAAGGCCACACGCACCCCAAAGAUAUCGCCAGAGAACUCGUUCCUUGAGGCCACCUACACCAAGGAGUGCGAGCAAAACAACAAUUGCCAGCCAGGCGACAGCAAGAAGGUGGCAGUGGAGGAGGAAAACCAAGACUGUGAUUCACAGACAGACAUCAAGGAGACAGAUAGCAAUGGUAACCAGAAGCGCAAUGUGGAUGCGGCCAGUCCCUCGCUUAGCAUUUGCAGCGUUCAGUCUGGGGACUCUGGCAAGGGCUCCAGCCUGCCCCGCUCGGAGGCGACACGUGUCAAGGUCAGCUACGAGUUUGUCUUCCCCGUCAGCCUGAUUGGUCAACUGUACGGCCGCAAGCGUGCCUUUAUCAAUCAGAUCAAGGCCAAGACCCAGGCGAGUGUGAUCCUCAGCAAGAACCCAUGCACGAAUAAGCUGCGCAUUUGCGUUGUCGAAGGCACGGAGAGCGAGAUCGAUGCCGCUUUAGCCAUGAUCCGUCAGCGUCUGCCCGUCAAGCGGUAUCCAAACUUUACAAUGCAACGCAUCCACUUUGCGCUUCCACAAACCAUAGUUCCUCUAUCGGCACAAAGCCUCUCCAAUCUACAACUCAAACUCUUUGAGGGCAUCAACAAUGAUGUGGUGGUCAGUGCCGUGCUCUCGGGAUCACAUCUGUUCGUUCAUCACCCGCUGCAUCCAUCGCAUCCGGCACUGCCAAUGCUGCAGAAGCAGCUGUACGACAGUUACUCUGAAAUGGAGGCGCCUCUGCUUCCGGGCAUUGAGAUCAGUGCCGUUUGCGUGCUGCCCGUCAACGGGAUCUGGUAUCGCGUACAAAUCGUCGAUCUCGAUGACGAGGAUGAAGAGCGUUGUGUGGUUAAAUUCCUUGAUUUCGGUGGCUACAUGAACGUGAACCUCUCCGUUCUCCGUCAGAUUCGCACUGAUUUCAUGGUGGUGCCCUUCCAGUCCACAGAAUGCAUCCUGUCCAACAUUGAGCCCAUUGACGGUGCCUGGUCCUUGGAGGCGAUCGAUGUCCUCACCAAACUAACCAAAGGCAUUGUCUUGCAAGCACAAGUCGCCGGCUACAAUAGUCACAACAUACCUGAAAUCUUUUUAUUUGCUUCCCUGGGCCCCAAUAAUGUAAUCUUUCUCAAUAAGGAACUGGUCGCCAGAAAUCUCGCGAAAUGGGUGGAGAUGCGUGACUAACCAAGAGCCCUACUGAACAACAACUAACGCUAGUACCCAACAACUGCUCCUAUCUGCAAAACACAAACAACAGAAACACUUUAACAGCAAAGCAAAAACAGUCAAAACCCAGUCCAAAAGCAAGAAUUAAGCGCUUGGAGGAGUCUUCUGGCUCCGGAGGAGGCGGCCGUCCAGACGGAGGCAGGAUAUUGCUGAGGAAAGGUUGCAGAUGAACUGAAGGCCAAAGCCAAUGUGCGCGCCGCCUCCUCCAUAAAACAAAACAAAAACAAAAAACGUUAGUUAAGAUUUGUAGACUGCGACUGAGCCUAGAAAGAGAGCCAUCUCUAAUCAUACAUAUACCCCAUAUACACCCCACAUCCCUUCCCUAUUCCCACCACAAACACACACACACACACACACACGCAUAUAUGUAUAAGACACCUCACUAACACUACAUACACUCGUGCAUGUAUAAUUAUAUAUAUGUGAGAGGCAUACACCGUUUGUCUGCCGCCACAUAUUGUGUGUUGAUUGCCGCCGCCUGCCUCGCAUCCCAAUCACACAACAAACAACCGAGGGACACCAAAUCGCGGGGGGACAGAACUGCUGUAGGGUUUGUGUAAAGUAAACAAUCAAUCAAAUCAGGCUCUCCCAUCAAUUAAUGAAUCAAUCAAUCGGCA